AUGGUGAGUAUCUGCGCGACAUUUGCUCUGCAAUCAACAACAAGGCUAACCCAGGCUGAACUGGAACGGCUACCCCCUCACAUCCAGCGGCUCUUCCCCGAGUGUCCCGAGCCACGGUACCUGGAGCCGAUCGACUAUGCUCCUGAGGACCGAAGAACGCAGAAAAUCUCAGGCGUUUCGGCGUAUAUGGAGCUGUUGAAGCAGCCCGAUUCGGAAUACGUGCCGACCGAGUCGUGGCUGGUCAAACAGCAGCGAGAGAAGCGGCUAAAAAGUGAGCGCCAAAAGGUGACCCAGCAGGAACGAAAAGAGGCAUGGGAUCCCAAGAAGGACGACAAGAUUGUGGGCGAUCCGUUCAAGACGCUAUUUGUGGCGCGUCUGGCGUUCGACGUGACUGAAAACGACCUGGAGGAACAUUACAUCAAGUUUGGGCCUGUCAAACACGUACGUAUUGUACGGGAUCUAAAGAGCGGCAAGAGCAACGGAUAUGGGUUUGUCGAAUUCCAGGAGGAAGACGAUUUUCGAAAAGCAUUUCAGAUGACCAACGGAUCGAUCAUCAAGGGCAGAAAAGUGGUGGUUGACGUCGAGAGAGGCCGUACGGUCAGUGGAUGGCUUCCUCGACGACUAGGAGGAGGAAAAGGCGGAAGACACUACACAAAGGAGUCUGAACGCAAACCGCUCGGUCCACCAAUGCCACCGGGAGGAGCUGGAGGACGGGAUCUGUUUCCAGGACACAGAGACCGAGGUGGGCCCAGAUCAAGAGACCCUAGAGGAUCCAGACCUCCGGAAGACUACAGAGACUCGUUCAGAGGACGGGGCGGAGGUCGAGGAGGACGAGAUUUCAGAGACAGGGAUCCCCGAGAUCGAGAUCCACGUGAUCGAGACCGAGAACGAGACCCUCGUGACCGGGAUCGAGAACGACGACCUCAAUACAGAGACAGAAGUCCUCCUCGAAGAGAAAGAGAUAGAGGGGACUUCAGAAGAGGGCCAGCUGACAGAGGAGGAGACAGAGGAGGACGAGAGCCUACAAAGUAUUAUUAG